AUCCUUAAAAUGUAAACAAACUGAGUUAAGUCCCUUUGAAAAAAAGUGAGCGACUGAAGAGAUAUCUGUGUAUUUUGACAAUCUUUAUCAAAUCACAAAGUUAAAAGAACAUGAUAUAAUUUCUUAUGGACAAGGAAAUUAUGAACAAUACAGGAGAUGUUUGUGGUGCCUCAAGUGAGCACAAAGUACAUUUUGAAGCUGUACAGGUUCAAGCACAUGAUUCAGACAUAGCUUUGAAAUAUACAGCAGAGAGAAUCGAUGUCCACCUAGGAUUUUUACAAAUUAACAGACAUUAUGAAGUGAUCUUUACCAUACAGGAUAAUCUAGGGGAGGACAUAACCUUUGACCCUUUACAGAAUCUCCAUGCUAAACUAUUGAGAUAUGAACCAACAGAAGAUGGUUGUGGACAUAUACUUGAAAUGGAAUUCCAUGCUCACAGAGAAAAAUUGAUACAAGAAAGAAUAACAAUAAAGUCAGAAAAUUAUGCUGAUAGAUACGCAGAUAUUGUUUUCCAUGCAAGAGUUUUAGGUAAAGGUAAAGGCACGCCCUCUCUCAGGAAUGGUAUCAGAUGUUUACAAGUAGACGAUGAUAAUGACUCUGAUGUCACCGACUGGCAGGGAUUUGAUUGAGACCAUACCAUGCUCACCUACAAAUUGUACAUAUCAUAGCAUAAUAUAGUUCCUAAAUUUGUAAAAUUUUGUGUUCCUUAGUGUUUUAAGUAGUAGUUAAUAUGUUUCAUUUUCUAGAUUUGAGUGUCUUUUGUUGUUAUGUUUUGUUAUGGAGUAUUGAAAUGUAAAGUUUUAAACCUUUAAAAGGUAGUAAGUAAAUAAAAUUUUGUGCUACAUUUUGCCGUGGUAUGAAUUUGCUAGAAUUAUGAUGUUGUUGUGUUCAAAUCAAACUAGGCUAAAUACUAAGAUUUAAGGAAAAGAUUUGAGUAAUAAUUUACAUGUUAUGUGCGAUUAAUGACUGAUUUUGCAGUGUUUGGUCUAUCUUUGUCACCAUAUUUUAACAUUUUACUAACACAAUAAGGGAUAUUUUUGGAUAUUUUACCUCUUUUUAGUAAUUUAUGUAGGUUGUGUUAGUGCCAUUUGCAAUAUGUAAAUGACUUUCUUUGUUCACUUGACAAUUUUUUUCAUUGUUAUACAUUAGAAAAGUAUUUAUGAAAAUUAGAAUGAAUCUGGAGGCUGUAAAAGAAAUAACCAAUUUUAGACAUUUAGUCAGCCGUGCAGCAAAUUAUCUUCAAGAAGUGUGUCACAUCAAAAUAUUUAUCGUUGUGAAGUGAUCUUAACCUGUUAAAGAGCAAUGACAUUGCUUCUGUAAUGUAAUAAAAAACACUCAGUUAUUGUCAGUUUUGUUCCAUAUUUUCACAAAAAAUUGUUUGACUCUCUAGUAAAGAUCCUUAUUAUUGUGAAAAUCUUUUCUUUUUCCUCAGGUACAAAUUUUUAGGGUCCACAUUUUCCUUUAAAUAGCUUGUGUUAUUAAAUGCCAUAUUUGUGCUAAUUGUCUUUUGUGUUAAAAGCCUUGUAAAUGGUCCCGCCAAUGACAUGGUUCCUUUCAUGUGAGGACACUAUCUGGCUAGCCUAUUUAAGAUAGGUGGCUCUACACUCAGGUAUCCUUCACAGUACCAUCUAUUUGCCAAAUAAUUAUAAUAAAUUUUGAAUUUUUCUCAUUCUUUGUUGUAAGAGACCAUUGUAAUAAGCGACUUUUUUUAGUAUUUCCCUUGUGCAGUUGCUUAAUGCGUUUAAUAAUAAGUUUGCCUGUAUUUUUCAGUGCACUGUAUUUUCAUCAUACUUUUAAAUAAGAAUCAUUUAUAUUUUAUCUUUGUUCAUUUUCUUCCAAUAAAAGUACCCCCCCCC